ACAGACACGUCUUCGGCCUCUGAGGAUGAAGGCUCUCUGAGACGCCAAGCUGCGCUCUCUGCUGCCUUGCAACAGAGCUUACAGAAUGCCGAGUCCUGGAUCAACCGUUCAAUUCAGGGAUCGUCCACUUCUUCAUCCGCAUCUUCUACGCUGUCCCACGGAGAGGUCAAAGGAACCAGUGGGUCUCUAGCUGAUGUAUUUGCCAAUACUCGAAUAGAGAAUUUCUCUGCUCCCCCUGAUGUCACUACAACUACCUCCUCUUCCUCAUCAUCGUCCUCAAUGCGCCCAGCAAAUAUUGACCUGCCCCCUUCGGGGAUAGUUAAAGGCAUGCACAAGGGAUCCAACAGGUCCAGCCUUAUGGAUACAGCGGACGGUGUUCCUGUCAAUAGCAGAGUAUCCACAAAAAUCCAGCAGCUUCUCAAUACUCUGAAACGACCCAAAAGGCCUCCCCUAAAGGAAUUUUUUGUGGAUGACUCUGAAGAAAUUGUGGAAGUACCUCAGCCAGACCCCAACCAGCCGAAGCCUGAGGGGCGACAGAUGACCCCUGUAAAGGGAGAACCCCUGGGAGUCAUUUGUAACUGGCCACCUGCCCUGGAAUCUGCCCUGCAGCGCUGGGGCUCCACCCAGGCCAAAUGCCCCUGUCUGACUGCGCUGGACGUGACAGGAAAGCCAGUCUAUACACUCACAUACGGAAAGCUGUGGAGCAGAAGUUUGAAGUUGGCCUACACACUACUUAAUAAACUGGGGACCAAAAAUGAGCCUGUGCUAAAACCUGGAGACAGGGUAGCCCUGGUUUACCCCAACAAUGAUCCAGUCAUGUUUAUGGUGGCUUUCUAUGGAUGCCUAUUGGCAGAAGUGAUUCCAGUGCCUAUAGAGGUACCUCUUACCAGAAAGGAUGCCGGAGGUCAGCAGAUUGGCUUCUUACUAGGAAGCUGUGGUAUUGCCUUAGCUCUUACUAGUGAAGUUUGUCUAAAGGGACUGCCAAAAACCCAGAAUGGAGAAAUUGUACAAUUUAAAGGUUGGCCUCGACUCAAAUGGGUUGUAACAGAUUCCAAGUACCUUUCAAAGCCACCUAAAGAUUGGCAACCCCACAUCUCACCUGCCGGUACAGAGCCAGCAUACAUCGAGUAUAAAACAAGCAAAGAAGGGAGUGUAAUGGGAGUUACAGUGUCCCGGCUUGCAAUGCUGUCUCACUGCCAAGCUCUGUCACAGGCCUGCAAUUAUUCUGAAGGAGAAACAGUAGUGAAUGUUUUAGACUUUAAGAAGGAUGCUGGUCUGUGGCAUGGCAUGUUUGCGAAUGUAAUGAAUAAGAUGCAUACAGUCAGUGUGCCCUACUCUGUUAUGAAGACCUGUCCUCUGUCUUGGGUCCAAAGAGUACAUACCCACAAAGCCAAAGUAGCAUUAGUGAAAUGUCGGGAUCUGCACUGGGCCAUGAUGGCUCAUCGGGAUCAGCGGGACGUGAGCCUGAGCUCUCUCCGAAUGUUGAUUGUAACUGAUGGAGCAAACCCCUGGUCUGUGUCAUCCUGUGAUGCCUUCCUGAGUCUGUUCCAAAGCCAUGGACUGAAACCUGAGGCCAUCUGUCCAUGUGCUACAUCUUCUGAAGCCAUGACUAUAGCAAUUCGCAGGCCUGGAGUACCUGGGGCUCCUUUGCCAGGAAGAGCCAUUCUCUCAAUGAAUGGAUUGAGCUAUGGAGUCAUCCGGGUCAAUACUGAAGAUAAAAAUUCAGCACUAACAGUUCAGGAUGUAGGGCAUGUAAUGCCUGGUGGCAUGAUGUGCAUUGUGAAACCAGAUGGACCUCCCCAGCUCUGCAAGACAGAUGAAAUUGGAGAAAUCUGUGUUAGUUCCAGAACUGGAGGCAUGAUGUACUUUGGUCUUGCUGGUGUGACAAAAAAUACAUUUGAGGUAAUUCCAGUGAAUUCUGCAGGCUCUCCUGUAGGAGAUGUGCCAUUCAUCCGGUCAGGAUUGUUGGGAUUUGUGGGGCCAGGUAGCUUGGUGUUUGUGGUUGGAAAAAUGGAUGGAUUACUCAUGGUUAGUGGUCGAAGACAUAAUGCUGAUGACAUUGUUGCUACUGGCUUGGCUGUUGAGUCUAUAAAGACCGUGUAUAGAGGAAGAAUUGCUGUGUUUUCUGUGUCUGUAUUUUAUGACGAGCGCAUUGUGGUGGUUGCGGAACAAAGGCCCGAUGCCUCCGAGGAGGACAGCUUCCAGUGGAUGAGCCGGGUGCUGCAGGCAAUUGAUAGCAUCCAUCAAGUAGGGGUUUAUUGUCUUGCUCUGGUGCCUGCCAAUACAUUGCCAAAAACGCCACUAGGAGGAAUCCAUAUAUCUCAAACAAAGCAGCUGUUUUUGGAGGGUUCUCUCCAUCCUUGCAAUAUCCUCAUGUGCCCACAUACAUGUGUGACGAACUUGCCAAAGCCCCGGCAGAAGCAACCAGGUGUAGGUCCUGCUUCUGUGAUGGUUGGGAAUCUGGUUGCUGGAAAACGCAUAGCACAAGCCGCAGGAAGGGACCUGGGGCAAAUUGAAGAGAAUGACUUAGUGAGGAAGCACCAGUUCCUGGCGGAGAUUUUGCAGUGGCGAGCCCAGGCAACUCCUGACCAUGUACUCUUCAUGCUGUUAAAUGCCAAGGGAACCACUGUGUGCACUGCCAGCUGCCUUCAGCUUCACAAGCGAGCCGAGAGGAUUGCAUCUGUUCUUGGUGACAAGGGACAUUUAAAUGCAGGGGACAAUGUGGUGUUGCUCUACCCACCUGGCAUUGAGUUAAUUGCUGCAUUCUAUGGCUGCCUGUAUGCGGGCUGUAUACCUGUGACUGUCCGGCCUCCUCAUGCUCAGAACCUUACUGCCACAUUGCCCACUGUUCGAAUGAUUGUUGAUGUCAGCAAAGCAGCCUGUAUUCUCACCACUCAGACCCUAAUGAGGUUGUUACGGUCCCGAGAGGCGGCAGCAGCUGUGGAUGUGAAAACCUGGCCAACCAUCAUUGACACAGAUGAUUUACCCAGGAAAAGGUUACCUCAGCUGUAUAAGCCACCCACUCCUGAAAUGUUGGCAUAUCUUGAUUUUAGUGUCUCUACAACUGGCAUGCUUACAGGAGUAAAGAUGUCCCACUCUGCAGUUAAUGCUCUUUGUAGAGCCAUCAAGCUCCAGUGUGAGUUGUACUCCUCUCGGCAGAUUGCCAUCUGCCUUGACCCUUACUGUGGACUUGGCUUUGCACUCUGGUGUCUCUGCAGUGUAUAUUCAGGUCACCAGUCCAUCUUAAUUCCUCCUAUGGAGUUAGAAAACAACCUUUUCCUCUGGCUUGCUACCGUCAAUCAAUACAAAAUAAGGGAUACUUUCUGUUCCUACUCAGUAAUGGAGCUUUGCACUAAAGGGCUGGGAAACCAAGUGGAGGUGUUAAAGACAAGAGGAAUCAACCUUUCCUGCAUCCGGACCUGUGUAGUGGUGGCAGAGGAGCGGCCCCGCAUUGCCCUCCAACAGUCCUUCUCCAAGCUCUUUAAAGACAUUGGUCUGUCCCCUAGGGCUGUCAGCACCACUUUUGGAUCAAGAGUGAAUGUAGCAAUAUGUUUACAGGGAACCUCAGGGCCUGAUCCAACUACUGUAUACGUAGAUCUGAAGUCAUUAAGACAUGACAGGGUCCGUCUUGUGGAACGUGGUGCCCCCCAGAGUCUGCUGCUCUCAGAGUCUGGAAAGAUUUUACCUGGAGUGAAAGUAGUUAUUGUUAAUCCUGAGACUAAAGGGCCUGUUGGAGACUCUCACUUAGGAGAGGUCUGGGUAAACAGCCCACAUACAGCCAGCGGCUACCACACCAUCUACGAUAGUGAGACUCUCCAAGCUGAUCAUUUCAACACUCGCCUCAGUUUUGGGGAUGCUGCCCAAACACUGUGGGCCCGGACAGGAUAUCUUGGGUUCGUCCGCAGGACUGAGCUCACAGCAGCCACUGGAGAGCGUCACGAUGCACUGUAUGUGGUGGGAGCUCUGGAUGAAACUCUGGAGCUGAGAGGAUUACGAUACCACCCGAUUGAUAUUGAGACUUCAGUGUCUCGAAUCCACAGGAGCAUUGCUGAAUGUGCCGUGUUCACGUGGACCAACCUACUUGUGGUGGUUGUAGAACUUUGUGGCUCUGAACAGGAAGCCCUGGAUCUGGUUCCUUUGGUGACCAAUGUGGUCCUGGAAGAGCAUUACCUCAUCGUUGGUGUUGUGGUUGUCGUGGACCCGGGUGUUAUCCCAAUCAACUCCAGAGGAGAGAAGCAGAGGAUGCACCUCCGCGACAGCUUCCUUGCUGACCAGUUAGACCCCAUCUACGUAGCUUACAACAUGUAACCAGCCCAAGAAUCACAGAGACUGGAGAGCCAUGGCUAGGAGCAAGCUUUCAAAUGACGCAAAAUGAGCUGAGCUGGCUACGUCGUGUUCUUCAUCUCGUCCCUUGGGAUUCUACAGUAAUACAACACACAGGAAAGAGGAAUUCUGUGGUAGCAAGUGAAAACCAUGUUGAGUCUAGUAGACCUGAGCUUUGGCACAGCAGGGACAGCACGUUGCUAAAGCAGUUACUUGCAUGUUGCAUUUUUUUCAUCUGUUGUACAUACUUGUAUUUUUAUCUAAUGCUGGUUUAGAAUUUUUGUAAGGGAGUUUAAUGAAUUCACAUGAAGGGGUAGUCUGGAUUACACAGUUCCCCACUCUGUACUGUAUUUUGCCAUUUUCAUGUAGCUAGAUGUUCUGUGGGUUUUGUUAACACAAAACUACUUGGCUUACUUUGAGGCAACCUGUAGGUGAAUCAAAUAACCCACUGAAUAUGAGAUUACUAUUCAUAUCUAAUCCUGGGCUGUAAUACAUUUGACCAGUGUUUGAAACAUGUAAAUAGAAAUACAUAUAGCUUAGCUAAAGAAUGGAAGAAUUGGCUUAUAUAAUGACAACCACCAAAGUAGAAACGUUUCUACUUGUAGAGAACUUCCAUAUUCUCUUAUUAUAAUUAAUUGAUUAGGUAACUAAAAAGUGCAGGUUGUUUGCAGCUUUUGCUGAACACCAUUCUCUGUCUUUGUUGGCUGGUGUUGAUUAUAAACUAAAGCUGCCUAUGUUUGUUUUUCAAGCUUGCAUUCUCAGAUUUAGCUUAUGCUUCAAGGAUUCAACUUUGUGUAUACUAAAAAAAACUCACUUAAAAAUUAAGUCUAAGAAAGAGCUAAGAUUCAUCAGAUCCCACCCUAUUCUAAACUAUCAAAAUAGCUCACUCUAGCCCCAGAAUUGAAACUUUCAUAUAUAAAGUGACACAGGAGAACUUAAGAGUUUCCUCUUUUUCCAGGCCCUUUGUCAAUUGUGUGGACAGUAGAGCUUCUCUUUUUUGAAAACUGAUGAGGGCCUUAGUAAGGGCCAGGAGUUUAAAGCAAGAAUGCUAGGCUGGUAAGCCAAUGGGGUCAGUUCUUACCUGGAAUUGUAAGGCCACAUUGCCACACAUCUCACAACUGACCAGUUGAGCGGCUAGAACAGCCAGUGUGGGCUGAAAUAGGGAAGUCUGAUGUACACAAGGAACGCUGUUGAAAUAACUGGUGCCCAGGCCAAGCCCAGUGGAUGAUUGAGUUUGGCCUCUGGCUUGGUUUCUUUUCUUUAACACUUCAUGUAUUUGAACAUAGUUAAAUUUUAUUAUUUUUUUCUUACAGAAAUAUUUUUAAAAAUUAAAGAAAACCUCAAAAGUUAAAAGAAUUAACUCUUUAAAUCAGAAUGGUUCUCUUUGACCCAUUCUGAUCUAUUGUGUAAAUAUUUAUUUAGACUAUUUUAAUACAUAUUAUUUACCCCACUGUAACAUCAUGUAAACUAAAUGUGUUUUUAAGCAAUUUGUAAGACUUGUAAUUACCCUGAAAAUAAGGUUUAUAAAGCAAAAACCAGACUCUUCACUAGGGCAGCACUCCGUGGCUGCCUUUACAGUCUCAUGACUCAGAGCCCCUUUCUGGCUCCCUUUUACAUAGCCCUCUUUUCCUCCCAAAACUUACUCCCACUGAGGGAAGACCACAAGACACUUUCCAGUUCAGAUCUCUUUUUCAGCAUUUUGGAUGGAGUUAAUUCACACAUGAUUGAGGAGAUUCUAGGAUGUUUGGGAAGAGGCACUUCCAUUAAACAAUGGGAAAUCCUAGUGUCUAGCAAUGCUUUGGUUUACAGGAAAACAGCCUAAUUAUUUGGGGGGAGAUAAUGUUCUUAAAAACUAGCUUUGUUUUUUUAUUUUAUUUUUUACCCUUUUUUCUAGUACUGGGGUUUGAAACUCAGGGCUUCACACUUGCUGAGCUGGUAUUUUGCCACUUGAGCCUCCUCUUUUUUGCUGCUUAAUUUGAGAUAGAAUCCUGCUUUCCCACUUCUGCCUACUUUAGGAUUCCUGUUGUUGCUGGGAUCAUAGGCAUGUGCCUCAUCCAGUUUCUCUCUGUGGAGAUGGGAUCUCACAGACUUCUUUCUGGACUGCCCUUGAACCACAGUCCUCCCAAUCUCAGCCUCUCCAAAACUAGGAUUACAGGUGGAACCACAGGCACAUGUUCAGUUUUUCAGACAAGCCCUGGCAGAUCUCAAACUUGGGAUCCUCCUGCCUCAGCCUCCUGAGUGCUAGAAUUAUAGGCCUGUAUCCCUACAUUCAGCUCUUAAAAUGACUUCUGAUUCAUUAAAGUAGGAGAGUCUGGGUAUUAAAUAGUUCUGUCUCCAUAAUCCCCAAAUUCUAAAUUAUAGGCAGACUGAUAAUUCUUACAAACUCCAAGUAAGAUUGUAUCUAGGGACACAUAACAUCUGUAAUAUAAAUUUUUCUAGUAACUACUUUUUUUUUUUUUAUUCUGU